UGGCUCGAGGUUUGGGGCGUUUCCCCAGACCCGCCAGGAGGUCUGUAUCUGCAGACGUCCUAGGACAUCCAGCGGCGAUGGGAGGCACAACAUCAGCAAACGUUGACGACAGCGCCCGGGAGACCUACCCGGAAGCGUUGGCGUGCUACCUAGCUGCGGCCGGUGUGACCCACUGCAGCGACGACGAGGAGCUGCUCCACUUCCUCGUUGACGCCAUCUCAUCCACGCCGCUGCCCGCCCCGUGGACGGCAGUACGCGACGAGCACGACCAGCGCGUGUACCUCAACAGGUACACCGGCGAGCACACGUGGCGGCACCCCUUGGACGCCACGCAGAAGGAGCUCGCGGACCUGUUCCGGAAGUGCUCCGGCCUGUCGCCGGCCCUCCGGAGCGCGACGCUCAUAGGGAUGCGCGAGAAGUGGGAAUCAGAGGCCCGCGGGGAGUACCUGAAGUGGCACUUUGUAGAGGCGGCCGGCCAGCGGUAUUAUUACAACCGCGAAACAGGCGAGUCCAUGUGGGAGCACCCGGCAGAGGUUUUGCUGCCAGCCCACUACAUGAAGAUCAAGGCGAUCGGCCGUCUCAACAACGACACGUACCUCACAGGGC